AAUUAUUAAAAACAUUGUGUGUGUUUGUAUAAUUUAUAAUUUAUUUAUAAUCUUUAUGUACUAUUGCAAGUAGGUAGAUAAUUCUUACAAAAGUGAAAUAAUUUGCUUGUCAAAAUGUCCGAUUUAUUUAGUGUUUUGGAAUUUGAGAAACAUGCUUUGGAAGUUUUACCUAAAGAUAUUCGGGAUUACUACAGAAGUGGCGCAGGAAGACAGGAGACAUUGGCUGAUAACAGAAAAGCAUUCUUCAGGUAUAAAAUAAGACCAAGAUGUUUAAGAAAUGUGGAAAAUAUAGAUUUAUCUACGGUAGUUCUUGGAGAAAAGAUUUCCAUGCCAAUUGGAAUUGCUCCGUCUGGUAUGCAAAAAAUGGCUCAUCCAAUGGGCGAAAUUGCUGUUGUUAAAGCUGCUGAAGAAAUGGGUGUAGUUUAUACUCUUAGCACCAUGUCAACGUGCAGCAUUGAAGAAGUUGCUCAAGCUGCUCCAAAGGCUGUGAAAUGGUAUCAAGUAUAUAUUUAUAAGGACAGAUUGGCGAAUUUCGAAGGCACAGUUUCCGAGAUGAGCCAGGACCCCACAAAAGGAUCAGGUCUUAACAACUACGUUACUGAUUUAUUCGAUCCGUCUAUUAACUGGGAAGACAUUAAGUGGUUGAAAAGCAUUACAAAUCUUCCCAUAGUUCUUAAAGGAAUAUUGACUGCAGAGGAUGCAUUACUCGCUGUCGAGGCUGGGGUAGCUGCCAUUCAAGUUUCUAACCAUGGAUCUAGGCAGUUGGAUGGAACACCUGCUGCGAUUGACGCUCUUUGUGAGGUAGUAAAGGCGGUAGGUGAAAAAAUAGAAGUUUACAUCGACGGCGGAGUGACAGAUGGCGUUGAUGUUCUCAAAGCAGUUGCUCUUGGUGCCAAGAUGGCUCUUGUAGGACGAUCUGCUUUAUGGGGACUGGUUCAUAGUGGACAACAAGGAGUCGAGAGAGUUCUCAAUAUUCUUAAAAACGAACUUAGGACCGGUUUAGGAAUAUCAGGUUAUUCAAAAGUAGAUCAAAUUGACAGAAGCUUGGUGGUACAUGAAAGUUAUUAUGCAAAGCUUUAAGAUGACCAAAGUACUCGUAGAUUAUAAAACACAUAUUUACUUAAAAGUUAUACCUACAUGAAAA